GGAAUCUGUCAGAAAAUGAUUAUUUCGCCAGUAGACUUCCCUAGUGAUAAAGUCAACAUAUUUAUUCUGCAUCUUUCUCGGGACAGGGCCGCCUCUUGGAGCUUCUAGGCUGGUACAAGUGAGCGGGUGUCUCUGAUUGGAUUACCUGAACAGUAGGCUGUAAGGUGGAGGGCUGUUUCCUGUUGCUGACCAGUGAAGACACCUGUGGGUGGUUGUGUUUCCUGCUGAGGAGUACUGUGGCCCUGAUCUUGGUACACAUCAGACCAGCCCCCUUCCCUACACACACACACACACACACACACACACUAACCCACCUGACCCACACACACUCCACCUGUCCCGUCCUCCUCCUCUCCAGGCCGUAUAUUUUAAACUUCACUGUGGAUUCUCCGAGGACCAUCCUGUCAACAAUGACAUCACACAGUCACCAAGAAGGACUCCUGGGCAAGCUGGAGCAGCAGCUGGAUGUCCUGAAGACGUCUGCCCUCAACCACAUCCCCACAGUGGACAUUAACUCUGCCCUGCCCCUGCGUCUGCCCCCGGCUGCCAUCCCCAUGGACCUACGCAUUGACCAGCACCAUCACCAGCAGCAGCUGUCCAUGUCUCCUUCUGCAGCCCAGGCAUCUGCAGCCCAGGCCAGAGAGCAGCAGCUGCAGCAGGAGCUCCUGUCCCUGAAACAGAAACAACAGAUUCAGAGACAGCACCUCAUCGCUGAGUUCCAGAGGCAACAUGAGCAGCUCAACCGCCAGCAUGAAGCCCAGCUACAGGAACAUGUUAAGCACCAGCAGGAGCUCCUGGCCCUGAAACAUCAGCAGGAGCUGUUGGAGCACCAGAGGAAGAUGGAGAAGCACCGUCUGGAGCAGGAACUGGAGAAACACCAGAGAGAACAGAAACUACUGCUGCUGAAGAACAAGGAGAGAGGACAGGAGAGUGCAGUGGCCAGUACGGAGGUGAAGAUGCGACUGCAGGAGUUUGUGCUGAACAAGAAGAAGGCUCUGGCGCAGAGGAGUCUCAACCACGGGGGGUUGCCCAACGACCCCCGCUACUGGUAUGGGAAAACUCAACAUACUUCCCUGGACCAGAGCUCUCCUCCUCAGACUGGUAUGGGUACCUACAACCACCCUGUCCUGGGCAUCUACAACGCUAGAGACGACUUCCCCCUCCGCAAGACAGCCUCUGAGCCCAACCUGAAGCUACGUUCUCGUCUGAAGCAGAAGGUGAGCGAGCGACGGAGCAGCCCCCUACUGAGGCGUAAAGACAGCCCGAUCACAACCGCCAAGAAACGCUCACUGGAUAUGGCAGAUUCAGCGUGUAACAGCGCUCCUGGAUCCGGCCCCAGCUCUCCUAACAACAACAGCAUCAGCAACAUCCCCAAUGAGAACGGCGUCACUGUGGCAGUCUCCAACAGCAUUGAUGUGUCCCUGGCUCAGCGGUUGUGUGGUGGUGAACUCAGCCAGCUGUCUCUGUACACGUCCCCCUCCCUCCCCAACAUCACCCUAGGUCUGCCCGCCACGGCCACCUCUGCUUCCAAUGUGACCUCAGCCCAGCAGGAUGGGGGUCAACAUUCGGCCCUCUCCCUCAGCCCCCCCUACCUAGGCGGUGCCCCCCUAGCCACCUACCUGGCUGACGGAGGGGGUGCAGGGGGGCACGGCCCACUACUGCAGCACUUGGUCCUGCUGGAACAGACUGGUGCGCACGGGCCCCUACUGGCAGGUGUGGACGCCCUCCAGUCUCCCUCCAUCCACAUGCUGCGUGGGCAGCACCGUCCCUUGGGUCGGACCCAGUCGGCCCCACUGCCCCAGCAGAACGCCCAGGCCCAGGCCCUGCAGCAGCUGGUGGUCCAACAGCAACACCAACAGUUCCUGGAGAAACACAAACAGCAGUUCCAGCAGCUACACAUCAACAAGAUGAUGGGCAAGCCCAGUGAGCCCACGGGAACCCGGCAGCACCAGAGUCACCCGGAGGAGACCGAGGAAGAGCUGAGGGAGCACCAGGCCCUCUCUCCCCAGGACGGAGGCUUUCCGUGUGGGUUCGCCAUCAAACAAGAGCCCCCAGACCCCCAAGAGAACCAGGAGGAGGACAUGCAGCAGGAACUGCUGUUCAGACAGCAGGCCAUAUUGUUGGAGCAGCAGAGAAUCCACCAGCUGAGAAACUAUCAGGCUUCCAUGGAGGCAGCCGGUCUGUCAAUCACCUUCCCAGGUCACCGCCCCCUCUCCAGGGCCCAAUCGUCUCCGGCCUCCGCUUCCUCCUUCCCCAUCUCUGUCCCGCCUCCUGAGCCUCCCACCAAACCUCGCUUCACCACAGGGUUGGUGUAUGACUCUCUGAUGCAGAAGCACCAGUGUAUGUGCGGGAACACACACACCCAUCCGGAGCACGCCGGGCGCGUCCAGAGCAUCUGGUCCAGACUGCAGGAGACGGGACUUAGGGGACAGUGUGAGUGUAUCCGUGGUAGGAAGGCCACUCUGGAGGAGCUCCAGACAGUCCACUCUGAAGCCCACGUCCUGCUGUAUGGAACCAACCCCCUCCGACAGAAACUAGACUGUUCAGUCACGCCCAUGUUAGUCAGAUUACCAUGUGGAGGAGUGGGGGUGGACAGUGACACCAUCUGGAACGAGGUCCAUUCCUCUACUGCAGUUCGUCUGGCUGUGGGUUCUGUGGUGGAGCUGGUGUUCAAAGUGGCCACUGGUGAACUGAAGAACGGCUUUGCUGUGGUUCGACCCCCUGGACACCAUGCAGAAGAGAGCACUCCCAUGGGCUUCUGCUACUUUAACUCAGUAGCCAUCGCAGCCCGGCUGCUCCAACAGAGACUCAACGUCUGCAAGAUCCUCAUAGUAGACUGGGAUGUUCACCAUGGCAACGGGACCCAGCAGGCAUUUUACGACGACCCCAACGUGCUGUACCUGUCUCUCCAUCGAUACGACGAUGGAAACUUCUUCCCUGGCAGCGGAGCACCCGACGAGGUGGGCAGUGGUCCAGGAGUAGGUUUUAAUGUUAACAUGGCCUUCACCGGGGGGCUGGAGCCACCUAUGGGAGAUGCAGAGUACCUGGCAGCCUUCAGGUCUGUGGUGAUGCCCAUAGCUAAUGAAUUUGCUCCUGACGUGGUGCUGGUGUCCUCAGGCUUCGACGCCGUUGAGGGUCAUCCUCCUCCCCUAGGCGGUUACACCCUCACCUCCAAAUGUUUUGGGUACCUGACACGUCAGCUGAUGACCCUGGCUGAGGGUCGCGUGGUGCUGGCAUUGGAGGGAGGUCACGACCUCAUGGCCAUCUGUGACGCUUCCGAGGCCUGCGUCUCCGCUCUGCUGGGCAACCAGCUGGAUCCUCUCCCUCAGACGCUUCUGGAGCAGAGACCCAACCACAAUGCUGUGUGCUCAAUAGAGAAGGUUAUAGAAACACACAGUAAGUACUGGCGCUCCAUGCAGCGUGGCUCCCCCAGGCUGGGCCUGUCUGUGCUGGAGGCUCAGAGAGGAGACUCUGAGGAGGCUGAGACCGUCAGCGCCAUGGCCUCUCUCUCUGUGGCCAACAAACAGAGCAGGUCGGAGGAGGAACCCAUGGAGGAGGAAGCACCAUUAUAGCGGGGGAAGCAUAAGGGCGUCGCACCGUGACUGUCGGCCUCUGCAGCUCGGAAGACUACCUUCUGGAGAGUCUCGACUGUCCCUUUCAUUUAGUCCCUCCGCGCCGUGCCUAUCACCUUGAUUGGCAGCUCCUCUGCCAAUGAGAGAGAGGGAUGGGCUUCAGAGUAGGGAGUCAAUGGGGAUACGAUAUGAAGGACGGAAGUGACAAAGCGCUGCAGCCAGACAGCUCAGCGUGGUCAGCUCACCGUGACUCUGAAGAGACUGAGGCAGCCCCAGAAGACACCCCAGCACCGAGGCAGUGGGUUCUCUGAGUGGAGGCGGAUAAUAGAAGGCUUACUCCUGAAGGAAAGAUCUGCUGCUUUACAGAGCUCCCCCGUGGACAAAUACAGAGACAGAGGACAGGACAAGUCUGGCUGUCACACACAGCGUGGACAUUUAUUUUCUCUCCUGCUUUUGUCCCCCUAAAUGGAGGACAUACUACUGAUGGAGUUGGUGGUUACUGAUGAGAGAUGGCGGACAACAAAGCCCCUAGGAGAAUUGUCGGGCUGUCAUUGACUGAGGACAGUAGACUUGACUGUGGUUGGCCGUUGAGCAAGCGGCCUUUGCCGUUAUUGGAUGAUGAGGCUAUUGGAUCUUUGCCUUAUUGAUGCAGCUGGUAGUUCUGUGAUGGUCCACCAAUGAGAGAGUGCCUUUGUGAAGCUCUGAUGGAUUUCAGGAUUGUGUCAGAAAUGAAGCCUUAAAUGAUGAUCCUGACCAGGGGAGAGAGAAAUCCAUUUUCCUGUUUGACAGAGGACGGGAUGGUGGACAAAAGGAUCUUUCAGCAUGUUUACCAGGAUUGUGAUGUAGACAGACAGUCUCUCACAGACUCUUUUAGAGGUCAUUAUACCUUUGGAUUGAUAUAUUUUUCUGUAAAAAUGCUUCAAAAAGGUAGUUGCAAGCAAACAUUUGAAACGUUCAACUUCCAGUUGAUUCGUAAAGCACUGUUGAAGGUUAGCAUUUAGCCUUAUGUAGCUUCCCUUUAUCACAUAACCAAUCGCUAACGGAGAAAAGCAUGUCUCACCAGAAAGACCUGUCGGUUGCAAGGUUAGAAAGUUAUCCAAAAAGAACUAGUCAAGCAAAAAAAAAGCCAAAGCAUGAGUUUGCAUCCAGCUCUUUCGUACCACUAGUAACAGCAGGCACACACAGUAUUACUACUGGCUUUUCAUACCAAGCACACUGUUCGAGAGCUCACGGAUCAAACAUGUAUGUCUCAACUUUUUUGUUAAAUAAUUAUUGAAUUCCAAUGUAUUGUUUGGCAACUACCUUAGUUAAUAGUUACUAUAAACAUCUUGUCAUGUAUAUUGAAUUGAACAUAUUGUGAAGCCGAGUGUUAAUUUGCCAUCUUUGAAACUAUCAUUUUCACAUCAAGCUCGUCAAUUGACUAUAACAUCAUCAACUUUUUCUUAAUCAACGAUCUCAAGUGGGUGACAAUUCUAUUUUUGGCAUGUAUGAAAAUCUCUAGUUUUGAACAUACUUUUUAUAUUUGCGUAUUUGUCAUUUUGCGUUGUUACUCUGUACAGUUGAUGUGCCACUUGCUCUUAGUGUCCUCGUCAUGCAUUGGGAUGGAGAUCAGCCUUUCUACUUUAUACCAUGAUUCCAGCAAUUGUCUAUUUACUUACAGAAUGAUCCUGUUUACAGAGAGGUUCGACAUGGAAAACCUAGAAAUAUAUUAUAUCCGUAGCCUACAUGAGAGCUAUGACGUUGUGAAAGAGAAUAGCUGUGGCAAAGAUGGUCUCACUCCAGUAAAUAACUCUAAAAACCUUAUGUGGGGGUUGAGGUUGACUGCACUGUUUUAAACUGGCCCUGGUUGGAGCAGCCCUGCACUCAGCAGCACUGGAUUUGGUCUCUGUUCCACACAUCACUCUGAACACAAAAAGGGGAACACACUGAUUUGUUUUUGUACUGUAUUGUUCCUGGCUGCACUGUAGCUAGACGAGACUAGACUAGCAUGGGGCAUUUUAAAGACACUUCGCUUUCGCGUUUGACUUCAUUGGGACCAACCAAAAUGACAUACCGAGGUUACUUUUGACACCAUAACACACUGUUGUUGAUUUGAUAGCAUGGUUACUGCUGUCCUGCCAUGGUUACUGCUGUGUUGCCAUGGUUACUGUACAUUAGCAUACCUCAACUUCAGAAAAUGUUAUGACAUCACUUCUUCCUGUCGUAGCUACAUUAGUCAGGUUGUCAAGAAACCGGAGUCAUGAUAUUAGUGGGUUGGGAUGGUCUCAUUGUAGUUCAAACUAUUCUCAUCCCUAGUAAAUAACUAUUUUUAGUUUUCAAUCAUUUUCUUACACUAAUUUUGGUAGUGUCAUGUUUCUUUUUCAUGAUUUAGUAAACAUUCUAUUUUUUGCUUUGCUUUGUGUUUGCUCUCAGAUUCACCAUUCCUAUGAAUUGUUUCAGAGCCCCAGGGUUUGGUAUGUUCCUUUAAAAAACAUUUCUUUAAUGUUUUUUUCUUUUUCUUUAAUGGCCUCUAAUUCUCUGCAUGGUUUGUCUGUCCGCAUGCCUGUCUGGCUGUACGUCUGUGUAACACUGUAUUUGCACAGUAGAAGAAAACUGGAGGACUAAAUCCUAUCCCAGAAAACCCAGCGUGAAUGUCUCUUCUUCUUUUGUGUACUAAGGAUACAAAGGACUUGUCAAAAUGAAUUCCACAUUAGAUUUUUUUUAAAUAAUUAAAUGCUCAGUUUUUGUAGGGAAAUUACCCAGCACUUAAACAAGAUAAUGGACAAUAGACUUGACUGUGUUUAGAGUUAGAGGAAUAUGGAUUAGCUAGGCUAAUCUCCGGGUGUAUUUAUGCUGGCUUCACAUGCUCAUGGGAAAUGGGGAAGUGGAACAAUUAGGUCCGACAUGAUUGUGUUUAAGUGCUUUUGAAGUCGGAAAAAUUCUUCAACCAAUAGGAUUUUAGCUAUCUUAUCAAGGUUGCUAAUAAUAAAGUUAGCUAUCUUAUCAAGGUUGCUAAUAAUAAAGUUAGCUAUCUUAUCAAGGUUGCUAAUAAUAAAGUUAGCUAGCUUAUCAAGGUUGCUAAUAAUAAAGUUAGCUAGCUUAUCAAGGUUGCUAAUAAUAAAGUUAGCUAGCUUAUCAAGGUUGCUAAUAAUAAAGUUAGCUAGAUUGCUGAACAUUGACAAUAUGGUGAGGUCGUAGUUGUCAAACUGAUUUGUUAUUUUUUGGUUGAAAAGGUCAAAGGUCAGUGGUUAAACAUAACUCGCCAACCUGGGCAACAACAUUUUCAGAGUUUCCCACUUGAAAUUCCGACUUGGAGGGUUGCUCAAGUGAAACUUCUCAGUUGGAAAUAGGAACUUCCGAUUCCACAUGAACGUGGCAUUACAUCCAAUCUAGACUGCUUGUCUCUCCCUAAGAGUGUUUCUAGGGUGUUGGUGACAGACACACAAAGUAGACAAUGGCUAAAACAUCGGACCUUUAAAACACUCCAUAUGUGGUUGAUUGGGAAGGGAAUUUUCUGCAGACUCUUAUCCACUUAAGCCAGUUGUAUUUAAAACCACUGUGGUUAAAAGGAGCUAUUCUCGGUUUACAUAUGUAAAUGUUAGUUAUUUUUGUUUUCUUUCCAUUCCAUUGUUACAAAUGAUAUCUUGUUGGGACCGAUAUGCUUUUGACAUUUUGUCUCAGACAUAAACUCUCAAAUUUAUUUCUGAAAAUGAA